AGAAGGCUCCAUUGAAAAUCAUACGUAGUUGCUGUGCGCGUUGGAAAACCGUGGAAGGUGCUGUGGCGGUGGGCUUUCGACCACCUUCCAGAGCCUUCUUCCGCCAACAAAGUUUACUUAAGUACCAUCCGCCCACCAACAACGCUCCAUUCCCUCUACACAUCACACACAAUCUCUCACAAGCACUCUCACGAAGGCUCUUCAGCUUUCUGCGGCACGGUUUACGACUCUUUCUGUUGCCUUUUACUCUUCUUUGAUACCCGCUCCACCUAGACCUUUCGCACAACUUCACCUUCAAAAUGGCUCCCGCCAUCGGUAUCGAUCUUGGUACUACCUACUCUUGCGUGGGCAUCUUCCGCGAUGACCGCAUUGAGAUCAUCGCCAACGAUCAGGGCAACCGCACCACGCCCUCGUUCGUCGCCUUCACUGACACCGAGCGUCUGAUUGGUGACUCCGCCAAGAACCAGGUCGCCAUGAACCCCGCCAACACCGUCUUCGAUGCCAAGCGUCUUAUUGGCCGCAAGUUCAACGAUGCUGAGGUUCAGGCCGACAUGAAGCACUUCCCCUUCAAGAUCAUCGAGAAGGCCGGCAAGCCUGUCAUCCAGGUUGAGUUCAAGGGCGAGGAGAAGGUCUUCACUCCCGAGGAGAUCUCGUCUAUGGUCCUGACCAAGAUGAGGGAAACCGCUGAGUCCUACCUUGGUGGCACCGUCAACAACGCUGUCGUCACCGUUCCUGCCUACUUCAACGACUCCCAGCGCCAGGCUACCAAGGAUGCUGGUCUGAUCGCCGGUCUCAACGUCCUCCGUAUCAUCAACGAGCCUACUGCCGCUGCCAUCGCCUACGGUCUCGACAAGAAGACCACCGGUGAGCGCAACGUCCUCAUUUUCGAUCUUGGUGGCGGAACCUUCGAUGUCUCUCUCUUGACCAUUGAGGAGGGUAUCUUCGAAGUGAAGUCCACUGCUGGUGACACUCACCUUGGCGGUGAGGACUUUGACAACCGUCUUGUCAACCACUUCGUCAACGAGUUCAAGAGGAAGCACAAGAAGGAUUUGACCUCCAACGCCCGCGCUCUUCGUCGUCUCCGCACUGCUUGCGAGCGUGCCAAGCGCACUCUGUCUAGCUCCGCCCAGACCUCCAUCGAGAUCGACUCACUCUUUGAGGGUAUCGACUUCUACACUUCGAUCACCCGCGCUCGCUUCGAAGAGCUUUGCCAGGACCUCUUCCGCUCCACUAUGGAGCCUGUUGAACGUGUCCUUCGCGACGCGAAGAUCGACAAGAGCUCUGUCCACGAGAUCGUCCUCGUCGGUGGCUCUACCCGUAUCCCCAAGAUCCAGAAGCUCGUUUCCGACUUCUUCAACGGCAAGGAGCCCAACAAGUCCAUCAACCCCGACGAGGCUGUCGCCUACGGUGCCGCUGUCCAGGCUGCUAUCCUGUCUGGUGACACUUCUUCCAAGUCCACCAACGAGAUUCUUCUUCUCGACGUGUCGCCGCUGUCUCUCGGUAUCGAGACUGCUGGCGGUGUCAUGACCCCUCUGAUCAAGCGCAACACUACCAUCCCCACUAAGAAGUCCGAGACCUUCUCUACCUUCUCGGACAACCAGCCCGGUGUCCUGAUCCAGGUCUUCGAGGGUGAGCGUGCUCGCACCAAGGACAACAACCUGCUUGGCAAGUUCGAGCUCACUGGCAUCCCCCCUGCGCCCCGUGGUGUUCCUCAGAUUGAGGUCACCUUCGACGUUGACGCCAACGGUAUCAUGAACGUCUCCGCUCUUGAGAAGGGUACCGGCAAGACCAACAAGAUUGUCAUCACCAACGACAAGGGCCGUCUGUCCAAGGAGGACAUCGAGCGCAUGCUUGCGGAGGCCGAGAAGUACAAGGCUGAGGACGAGGCUGAGGCCGCUCGUAUCUCUGCCAAGAACGCUCUCGAGUCCUACGCCUACUCUCUCCGCAACACCCUUUCCGACUCCAAGGUCGACGAGAAGCUCGAGGCUGGCGACAAGGAGAAGCUGAAGGCUGAGAUCGACAAGACCGUUGCUUGGCUCGACGACAACCAGCAGGCCACCAAGGACGAGUACGAGUCCCAGCAGAAGGAGCUUGAGGGUAUUGCCAACCCCAUCAUGAUGAAGUUCUACGGCUCUGGUGGCGAGGGUGGCAUGCCCGGCGGUAUGCCCGGUGCUGCUCCCGGCGGUGCUGCUCCCGGCGGCGACGACGGCCCCACUGUCGAGGAGGUCGACUAAGUAUGUGCGAGCGUUUGCUUUCAUCCAGUCUUCCUUUCGGCAUAGAUUUCCAUCUAUGAUGGCGGUUUGGAGUUUUUAGAGCUCUCCGGGUUUGGGUUUGCUCAUUUAGCAUCGGGUUUUUUCUUUUUCAUGACAUCAUGAUAGGCGGAAAAGUUUCUGCACAUGGCUACUUGUAGUCUAAUGAGCGCGCAUCUACGAUGCGAAAUUCAAGAUUUCAAAAGUUCAUAU